GCUUACAGCUGUCAUGUCAUCUAAAUCGCGCGCCAGCUGCCGACAGCGCUUGAGGGAAAAAUUAUUGCUUUACAAGCGGCGUAGCGCGCUCGCAUGUCUUGAAGUACAUCAAAUAUUAAUCGUUUUUUUUAGAAUUAACGAUCGGCAAACGUAUACUUCUAUAUAGGACAUUUACACUAAAACGAGUACACUGUUACAUAAUGUAAAAUUAAUAACUAGGGAGGUAGAAGUAUUAUGUAUGUGUAAGUAAACAAUAUAUAUUGUAGUGCAAUUAUCGUUGAGAAAUGCAAUUUGUUGUUUAUGUGUAAGUAGUGUUCUAAGGAGUUCCGUGACAUCAGUAAAUAUGUCUUUAAAGAAAGAGUCCCGUACAGACGUACAGUUCCACCUGGCGGCGCUGAGGGGUGACUGUGAACGACUCAAACAACUGCUGGAUACAGGGAAAGUACACAUAGACUCCAGAGACCGGGACGGCACCACUCCGCUGAUCCUCUCGGCGGCCAUGGGGCACACGGACUGUGUCAAGGAGUUACUGGCCCAGGGCGCAGACCCCACUUGUUGCAGAACGACCGGUACCAGCGCCCUGUUCUUCGCUGCUCAAGGCGGGUUCCUGGAGGCGGCGCGCGCUCUGCUGGACGCGGGCGCUCCUGUCGACGCUCCCAGUGUGGACGGCGGCACGGCUCUGUUCGUGUCGUGUCAGUGCGGUCACCUGCCCGUGGUGGAGGAACUCAUACACCGAGGAGCGGACGUCAACUGCGCCAUGAAGGACGGCGCCACCCCGCUGUUCAUCUCGUCCCAGAACGGCCACGCGUCGGUGUGUUCGGUGCUGCUGGCCGCGGGUGCCGCUGUGGACGCGCGCCGCUCGGACCGCGCCACUCCCCUGUGGAUCGCGUGUCAGUGCGGACACGCGGCCGUCGUGAGGCUGCUGCUGGCGGCCUGCGCCGACGUGGACGCCCUCCGACAGGACGGUGCGAGUCCCCUGUUCAAGGCGGCUCACAAGGGUCACGCGGCGGUCGUUUCCGAGCUGCUGCGGUACCGCGCUAACAGAGGCCUGUUGCCGAACGGCCAGUCCGCCCUCCACGGCGCGGCCAUGUUCGGCCACGUGUCCUGCGCGCGGCUGUUGUUGACCGGCUGUGACGUCACAGCCGCCCUCCGGCUCCGUAACGCGGCCGGGCUCACCCCGGCGCAGGCCGCCGCCGCGCACGGCCGCCACGACAUCCUGAAGUACUUCGACUCGCUCAGUAAGCCGCUCUCGUGAUGCCAGCGGCUGCCGGCGAGGAGUCGCUCCUCGUGUCCGCCGCGCCCGUCGCUGGCCGGAUCACGAACCCGUUGUUCAGUUCCUACUUCAUAACUCGACGAGUGGAUGCAGCACCGCGCCCCGAGCCGUGCGCAGCGCUCGCACGGGACGCGCAUGUUAUAUAUUUUUAUAUGUAUACAAUAAUAUUAGUCUCAGUGAAGCACAAUAAAUAAUAAAGAUUCCCUCAGACACGGAGUAGACGCUCCCAGACUGAUCUUACCCCUCCUGCCGUCGCGCCUUGUCAGUACUACUGCAGCUGUCCUGCACUAUCCUCGUCCCUCGCCGUUUCUUCUUUCUUCCCGUCUCUCGUUCCUCCAGGUAUCUCGUAUCCUCAGCCUGUAUUCACACACAGUGUACCGUAUCUAAUAUUCUCAUAUAUCGUCGGGUCAGUCACGAGGCGGAUUUUAGUUAAGUUAUUUUUAAACUAAGUUUAAUUUUUUAACUUCAGUUAGAUAUUAACCGGUGCUUUAACUUUAUUUCUUCUGUAAGUACAUUUAAAUCGCUAGUCAAUUAGAAUUUUAUCUAAAACUAUGAAUUUGUGUUCUACGAGUCUCGGAAGAAUAAAAGUAGCUGUAAAUAUUGUUUUAGACAUAAUUACUUCUUUGAAAGUUGUUUUUAAUCUCGCCCCGACGCUCCU